AUGAAGCUCUCCAUUGUCUCCAUUCUCACCCUCGGCCUCGCCGCCGGCUCUCUCGCUGCGCCCACCGCGGUGCAGGAGCGCGACCUCCCCACCGUCACCGGCGUCCUUUCCAGCAUCGGCACCAAGGUCGACGCCCUGGGCUCCGCCAUCCAAGCUUACAACGGUGGCGACGUCGCCAAGGUCCAGCAAGCCUCCGACACCCUCGUGACGGCCAUCAACAACGGCAACACCAAGGUCAGCAGCACGGCCGCCCUUAGCAGCAGCGACGCGCUGGGACUCCCCGGCCCCGUCAACGACCUCAAGGACAAGAUCACCGCCGUCAUUAACAAGCUCGACGGCAAGAAGAGUCUCAUCGUCAAGGCCGGAAAGGGCACGCAGACCUACAAUGACCUGACUCAGCAGAAGGCUGCUGCCAAGAAGCUUUCCGACACGAUCGUCUCCAAGGUCCCGGAGAACCUCCAGAGCCUGGCUGGUUCCAUCGCUGGUGGCAUCUCUGACGCUAUCGACACCGGUGUGAAGGACUUUGCCGAUCAGGCGCCCAAGGGCUCCAAGCGUGAGGAGGCGGCCCCUCUUGUUGAUGCUGCUAUUGCGGUUUAA